UACUUUGAUGAGCUAGAGGAUGUCUUCUUGCUGAGGACGAAGGAUAGGAAGAGCCCGGAGAUCUACGCCCUUUUCAGCACUGUCAGCCACGUUUUCCGGGGUUCUGCUGUCUGUGUGUACCGCAUGGCCGACAUCCGGGAGGUCUUCAACGGGCCCUUUGCCCACCGAGAGAGCCCCCAUCACCAGUGGGGUGCCUACGAGGGCAGGGUGCCCUACCCACGGCCGGGCGUGUGUCCCAGCAAGACCACCAACCAGCCCCGGCGGCAGUACGGCACCACCAAGGACUUCCCUGACGAGGUGCUGCACUUCGCCCGCGCUCACCCGCUCAUGCACAAGCCCGUGUACCCCCGGCACCGCCGGCCCCUCCUCGUGAAGACUGACCUGCCCCACCGGCUGCGCCAGCUCGUGGUGGACAGGGUGGAGGCCGAGGAUGGGCAGCACGACAUCCUCUUCCUCGGCACAGAUGCUGGCUCGGUGCUGAAGGUGGUGGUCAUGCAGAAGACUAGCUCAGCCGUGACUGAAGAAGUCAUCCUGGAGGAGCUGCAGGUUUUUAAGAUGCCUGUGCCCAUCACCCAGAUGGAGAUCUCUGUCAAGCGUGUGAGUACAGACACGGCUCGGCCAUGGGGCUGGGGACUGGCAG